AUGCCCUCGACUCUCCGCACGUUACAAAAAUGCGCAUUCAAUACCUCAGUUCCGACUUCACCCUCACUCGAAUCCUCAAAUCGCCCUGAUGCUGACUGCCACGCAACACGCACAAGCAUCGACACCAGCAGCAGCGGCAGCCAAAGCGAAAGCCCGUCAACGGUAUACAUAAAUCCACAUCGCGCAAAACGAAUAUGGCCACCAGAUGUCUCGAAAUUAUCGCGAAAGCAGCAGUUCAGAUUAGAGCGGAAAUACAGAAGGCGGGCGAAAUUGAAAUGGGCACGCCCUACAUGGACUAAGUGGACAAAGUUGGUACAGUGGGCGGCUAUUAGCUGGGUUAUGGUAUAUUGUGUAUUGUUCCUGGACUUGGAGGAAAAGGCAAACCCAUUCCAACCAAUCCGAGAUUAUGUCCAUCAAUCCUUGAAGGGCCUCCUUUCAACUGCUCCCCAGCCUUCAUUCCAGAAGGAGCCAACCAAGCCUGCCCCAAAGGCCGCUAAAAAUGAUUCUUGA